AUGGGCCCCCUUGGCGAGAGCAAAAGAGGCGGAGAAGUGUACAGGCUGUACGACGUAGGAGGUCAAAGGAAUGAGAGGAGGAAGUGGAUUCAUCUUUUCGAAGGUGUUGAUGCCGUUAUCUUUUGUGCUGCCAUUAGCGAGUAUUGUCAGUUGUUAUUUGAGGAUGAGACUCAUGACAGAAUGAUGGAGACCAAGGAGCUCUUCAUCUGGGUGUUAAAGCAAAGAUGUUUGGAGAAAACAUCGUUCAUGCUGUUCCUCGACAAAUUUGACAUAUUCAAGAGGAUACAAAGCUCGUGA